AUGAGAGUCUAUACAAACAGAGACUAAGUUGAAGUAUUCCAUCUUACAGUUGAAAAGUAAAUUACUGAAGGAUGUGAUAAAGGUUAGGAAUGUAUUAUUGUUGCCAACUUAGAUACUGAAGGAAGAACUUGUUCUGAUUAAACAUGUACUUCUUACUUAGCUUAAGGAACUGUUCCAGUCUAUACUGUUGGUAACCAUAUGUAUGUUAGAAUUUUAUUCAAGGACAACUCGUAUACCAAAUAUUUACAUGUUGUAACUGUUAAAUUCAUUGAUGAUGCUGGUAUCUACAAUUAUGUUAGAAAUAUUUAAUGGUGGACUCUUAGAUAAGGAUUAGGAUCAACCGAUGUAGAUAUUUUGCUGUUCUAACCUCAUGUUAAUGCCUUAGUUGAAGUCUCUUUAAAAAUAGCUCUUUCUUAAGAUGCAUUAAGAAAUUUGGCUGAAAAAAAUGAAAUUGAUGAAGUUAAAUAAAACUUCCAUGUAUAAGUUUAAAGCAAACCUAAAAAAACCGAAACUGAAAAAGCUAACUUCUCAUCUUAAUUAUUAUGUGGAUUAGCUUUAUCUGCCUUAACUUUAAUAUUAUGA